CGUGACUUCCGCAGUGCACGCUGCGCCUGCCGGGCAUUUUUUCUUGGUUUGGGGGCAAGGUCUCAUGGGAAAGGUCAGGUCUCUCGAAGAAAGGUUAUAAACCCUGAGAUAUGAGGGUUGGGCGAGACAUCCGAGCCUGUUGCAUUCCGUGUUGGGACCAGGAAUAACCCUGACUUCUGAGCUUUCAUAACCCCAGGAUCCUCCAGAAAAUUUGCGGCGCGCUGAGGGAAAACCUUGCUGGCAAGUCGGGACCGUGUGGCAGCGGCUGUUUUUCUUUUCCCUCCCAGCACGUUUUCGGGCUGGGGACAUAGGGUUCGGUUGAGAUACAGAGGCUCCCUUUGGGAUAUUGGGUUCUCUGAAGUGCGGAUGGACUAGGGCAGGGCUGAGACCCCAUUCAUUCACUCAUUUGUUCAGCUCUCCUGUAUGCCCGGCACAGAAGAUACCCCUUAGGGUCCCAAGGCCCCUCCUGUAGUUAAGUGCCUUCCUUAAGGUCAUUCAGCUGGGGCAAACCUGGGGACUCGACACCUUUCUAUGCUAACCAUUGAGCUGUCUCCACUUUGAGCAUCUCAGUAGAUGGAUAUAGUAUCUUGAGGAUACCUUUGAUUUUUGCAGGGUUUUCUUGUGCAGGUAUGUGACCAGGUCAGCUUAGGUCAGGAUGCUGUACUGCUUGCCACAAAAUAGCCUGUACUGUCGCGUCAUUUUUUCUUGUGAACAGACUGUUUGGCAUAGCCGUAGAGAGGGGUCUGAGACAUGCUUUUAGUGAUACAGUGUUGAUUUGUUUGUGUAAUGAGGCUGUUCAAGUGGAAAGAACUGAGUUGUAGUCCCUGCUUCACUAGUACUAGAACAAUUUUUUUAAACCUUUUUGAACCUGUUUUUCCUUAUCUGUAAAAUGGAAAUAAUAUCGACCUGGAAGGUUGGCUGAGGGAAUUUAAUGAGAUAAUGUGUUUCAAACGUUCUUUGUAAAUGAUAACAUGUUGCAGAAGUAUUAGAUUAUAUGACUUUAGUCCCCGCUUUUCCAACCAUUACUUCUCAAUUAUAAAUGUAAACAUUUAUAGCAUAUUUUUAAAACAAAUUAUUCUUUUUCAUAAUUAUCUUUAGUUCUUUUAUUGUUUCAGCAUGACUUGAAACAUUACUUAAUUUCUUAGUAUUUCUUGAUUGGUGCUUUAAUUGUGUCGUUUAUUGGUUAAAACCUAUCCAAGGCCAGUAAUGAUUAAAUUGUAUGACUUCUUUUAUUUAUUUAUUUUCUAAAGAAAGGAAUUAUUUGAGCUCUUUAAGGGCACAAGAAAAAGGGGCAAGAAGUUAUCUUGAAAGCAAAUAAACCAGAGACCAUACUUCUGAAAAAUUAAAAAAAAAAGUAUAUAUAUAUGUAUGUGUAAAUAUAUAUGGCUGUGAAUUAAUGCCUACACUUUUUAGGAACUUUGAAGGUGAUUAUUUAUUUUAAACAAUUUUCCUCUUUUUUGAGAAGACAGCUCUGAGUUUGUGGGCUUUUUUUUUCCCCUUUUAUGGUAAAUUUGAAAACUUUAUGUAAAUGUCAGAUUUAAAACGCUUUUAAAAUAGGGUGCAGAAAGAAGCCUCUUUUUCUGGACAUUUAUUUUUGGAUCAAAUUCUGCUAUCUGGUUUAGACUAAGAAAAAGCCUUUGGUUAAUGCAGAAAAAAUGUAUUACUUUAAUUUGAAUUUUGGAAUCAUUUUGAUAUUAAUGACGUAAGCAUAACCAUGUUAAACCAAUUUUUUAUAGAAGCUGUACAUUGGACUGGGUUUACAGUCAUUGUAAUGGAAGCAAAAUACAUGAAGGAAAAACUGUUAUUUGUAUCCCUGCUUAUUGCACCUGACGACUGGUUGCAGAUGGCUUUGUUUACCUAAGAAAAGUUGUGAUAUAAAUGAAAAAAACACCUGUUUUCCUACACUUAUUGGUUACAAAUAUGCUUCGUCUAAGAGCUAUUUGUCCAUUCUCCUGGAGAGUGUUUCAAUUUCGACCCAUCAGUUGUGAACCACUAAUUAUUCAGAUGAAUAAGUGUACAGAUGAGGAGCAAAUAUUUGAUUUUAUUGAAAGAAACAAAGCCAUACUUUCAGAAAAGCAAGUGGGAUGUGCAUUUGAUAUGCUUUGGAAGCUUCAAAAGCAGAAGACCGGCCUGUUAAAAAAUGUUGAGUAUGUCAGAGACCAUCCUCAAUUUCUUACUCUUCAUAAUUUAGCUACAAAUAAAUUCAAAUUAAUGAAUGACAAUACCCUGGUGAAUGUGUUAUACGUCACACAACAGUUUGCUGGUGAGGCCCACGACCCGCUAGUUGAAGCACUAGUUACAGAAGCAUGGAGAAGGCUAGAAAGGUUUGAUAUUAAACUGCUCUCAGAAUUUUCCUCUUGCCUAGCAGAUCAGCAUUUGUAUUUUAGUCCAUUAAUGGGAAAAAUAGCUGAUAUUGUUCAUAGGAACUUGGAAACCACACAGGACUUAAGUUCCUUGUCUGUCUUGAUGGUCAACAUAUCUUCUUUAAUAUCACGACAGUUUCAACAACAACUAGUGAACAAAACAGAACUUCUUUUUGACACCAUAGAUUCUUCUGAGGUCAAUGUUGCAAAAAGAAUAGCAGAGUUUCUUCGAAAUGUUAGAUAUCAUUAUCAACCACUAUUAGAAAGAUGUAAUAACGUAUUUUUAAGUAAUGUGGACCACCUUGAUUUGGAUUCCAUCAGUAAAAUAUUUCGUGUGUACAAAUUUCUACAGUUUAAUAGUUUUGAAUUUACUAUAAUGGCUAAAAAGAAGCUAACUGAAAUGAUUCCUCUGUGUAAUCAUCCUGCUAGCUUUGUAAAAUUGUUUGUAGCAUUGGGACCCAUUGCAGGACCUGAAGAAAAGAAACAACUUAAAUCAACUAUGUUAUUGAUGUCAGAGGACCUAACUGGCGAGCAAGCCCUGGCAGUGUUGGGAGCAAUGGGAGAUAUGGAAAGCAGAAAUUCAUGUCUGAUUGAAAGAGUUACUUCAGUUCUGCAUAAACAUUUGGAUAGCUAUAAACCAUUAGAGUUGUUGAAGAUAACUCAAGCAUUGACUUUUCUGCAUUUCCAAAGGAAGGAGUUUUUUGUGAAACUUAGAGAAUUACUGCUUAGUUAUUUGAAAAAUAGUUUCAUACCAACCGAGGUGUCUGUUCUGGUCCGUGCUAUUUCCCUGCUCCCUUCUCCUCACUUGGACGAAGUGGGGAUAUCCCGAAUUGAAGCCGUUCUACCACAGUGUGACCUAAAUAACCUGAGUAGUUUUGCCACAUCUGUUUUAAGAUGGAUUCGGCAUGAUCACAUGUAUUUGGAUAAUAUUACUGCAAAACAACUGAAACUACUUCAAAAAUUAGAUCACUAUGGUCGUCAGAGACUACAACACAGCAACGGUUUGGAUCUGUUAUGGAAGGAACUUAAAUCUCUCAAAGGAAACACGUUUCCUGAGUCACUUCUUGAAGAAAUGAUGGCUACUUUACAGCAUUUCAUGGAUGAUAUUAAUUACAUGAAUGUUGUGGAGAUUGCAUCUUUUAUUUCUAGUACUGAUUACCUCAGUACUUUGCUACUUGAUAGGAUAGCCUCAGUGGCUGUUCAGCAGAUUGAAAAGAUCCAUCCUUUUACAAUCCCUGCUAUUAUUCGUCCAUUCAGCAUGUUGAACUAUGAUCCACCUCAAAGGGAUGAAUUUUUGGGAACUUGCGUGCAACAUCUUAAUUCUUACUUAGGUAUAUUGGAUCCUUUUAUAUUAGUGUUUCUUGGUUUCUCUUUGGCCACACUUGAAUAUUUUCCAGAAGAUCUGCUAAAGGCAAUUUUUAACAUCAAAUUCUUAGCUAGAUUGGAUUCUCAACUUGAAAUUUUAUCUUCAUCUCAAAGUGCAAGAGUCCAGUUUCAUCUUAUGGAGUUAAAUAGAUCAGUCUGCUUGGAAUGCCCUGAGUUUCAGAUUCCGUGGUUUCAUGACCGCUUCUGUCAACAAUAUAAUAAAGGUAUUGGUGGCAUGGAUGGAGCACAACAGCAGAUUUAUAAAAUGUUAGCAGAGGUACUAGGAGGAAUCAAUUGUGUAAAAGCCUCGGUUCUGACGCCUUAUUACCACACAGUAGAUUUUGAGUGUAUCUUGGAUAAAAGAAAAAAACCUCUUCCAUAUGGAAGCCAUAAUAUAGCAUUGGGACAACUACCAGAAAUGCCAUGGGAAUCAAAUAUGGAAAUAGUUGGAUCAAGGCUGCCACCAGGAGCUGAAAGGAUUGCUUUGGAAUUUUUGGGUGCAAAAGCACUUUGUAGAAAUAUCCCUCACAUGAAAGGAAAAUCUGCUAUGAAAAAACGACAUUUGGAAAUUCUGGGGUAUCGUGUAAUUCAGAUUUCUCAGUUUGAAUGGAACUCUAUGGCACUGUCAACAAAGGAUGCUCGGAUGGACUACCUGAGAGAACGUAUAUUUGGAGAAGUCAAGUCAUGUUUGUAGUUUUUAUUUAAAAUGAAUGUUAUCAUGUGUUACAUUUGGACUUAUUUAAAAAAAGUGGCCUGUCUCAAUUAAAAAAUAGGUACAAAUGUCCUAAGGUGGGAACAUGCCUGGCAUGUUUGAGAAUAACAAAGGAUCCAGUGUGGCUGGAGCAGAACAAGUGGGGAGUGGGGUGGGAGUGUAUAAGAGAAAAGAUACACUCUGGCUCUGUCAUUUGACCAAGAGGUCAAAUACAACCUCUUGGCUACUCUGAGCGAGAUGAGAAGCCAUUGGAGGGUUUCAAGAAAGGAAUGAUAUGAACUCACAUUUUAACUGCGUUACUUUGGCUACCUUGUUGAGAUAAGAAAAGACUAUGAUGAGGCAAAUGUGUAAGAAAGAAAACUCUCUAUUAGGUCAUUGCAAUAAUCCAGACAAGAAUGGAUGGUGGCUUGGAGAGAGUGGUAGCAGUGGAGGUAAUGAGAAGUAGUCAGAUUUUUUGGAUGUAUUUUGAAGAUAAAGGCAACCGAAUUUGCUCACUGAUUGGAUAUAAGGUAUGAGAGAAAUAGGAGUCAAGGAUAAUUCUAAGUUUUUGUCCUAAGCAACUAAGAGGAUGUCAUUAGCAUUAACUAAGAUGGGGAUAGUCUACAGGAAGAGCAAGAUGAGGGGGCAGGUGGUGGGGGUUGAUCACAAGUUUGUUUUAGAUAUGUUGAGUUUGUGAUGUCUUUUAAACAUCUAAGUGGAUAUAUCAAAUAGAGCAUUCAGUAAAUGAGCUUGGAGGUCAGGGAAGAGGCCCAGGCCCCAGAUAUAAAUGUAUAAAUGUCAGCGAUAUUCAAUGCCAUGAGAGUAGAUGAAAUCGCUUAAAAUGAGAUUAGAGACGAGUGUGAAUGGAGGAGAGGUCUGAGGACUGAGUUUUCAGGUGCUCCAACAUUAAAAGAUUAAGAGGAAGAGGAGGAAUCAGGAAAGGAUACUGAGCAGGGAUGGCCAAUGAGGUAGGAGGAAGAAAGGUAGUAAUACUUCCUAGAAGCCAAGUGGAUAAAGCAUUUCAAGGGGGAGGUGAGUAGUUGUAUCAGAUGCUGCUGAUAGGUCAGGAAAGAUGAGAAAUGGGAAAUGGCUAUUAAAUUUAGCAACAUGAAAAUCAUUAGUACUUUGAAAAUAGUCGUUUUGAAGUGGUGCAUGUGAAAGCCUGACUGGUUCAAGAGAAAAUGAGAGGAGAUACGUUUUCUCCUAAAUGGAAGCAAAGAAAUGGGGUAGUAGCUGAGUGGACCAAUCUUGACCUGGUGUAAUCCUACACGUUGAGGGAAUAAUGGCUUUUCCCUGUCUUACAACACAUUUAUUCAAUAAAAUGGUUACUAAGGGC